AUGCUAUUUGAAGUGGUGAAAGCCAACCCGCAGCAGAGUGUAGUAAUAUCAGCAUACUCCGUGUUAACUCCCCUAGCUCAGCUGGCCUUGGCUUCUGAAGGAGAAUCUCAUGAUGAACUUCUAGAUGUUAUUAGUAUGCCUAAUGAUGACGUUACUGCAGCAGCAUUUUCGCAAGCAGAAUACAACAUAACAUCAAUAAAGGGCGUAGAACUAAAGAAAGUCAGCAAAGUGUACGUCGCUCAAGAUAGUGAAUUAAAUGAAGAAUUCGCAAACAUUACAAGUGUUCUUUUUAAUUCUGAAAUCGAAAAUGUUAACUUCGCUAAAAAUAAGGAAACUGCAAAAGAAAUUAAUCUAUGGGUUGAAAAUCAAACAAAUCAUAAAAUAAAGGAUUUGAUUGAUUCAAAUUCGUUGAAUAGUGACACACGUAUUAUCCUCGUUAACGCAAUUUAUUUUAAGGGUCAAUGGAAAAAUCAAUUUAACAAAAAAUACACAACUGAGAAAGAUUUUCAUGUAACCAAGAAAAGAACUGUAAAAGUACCUAUGAUGCAACAAACAGCUCGUUUUAAUUAUACUGAUGACCGUGGAUUAAAAGCACAGAUUUUAGAAAUGAAAUACGUCGGAGAUGAGGCGUCUAUGGUUAUUGUUCUUCCUAAUAAAAUUAAUGGUGUAACUGACGUAGUUAAAAAAUUAAAAGACCCUAAUGCUUUGGACAGGGCUCUCAAAGACAAAAAAAGCGUUGAAGUCAAUGUUCAGAUUCCUAAAUUUAUAACUGAAUCAACGACGAAAUUAAAGGAUAUAUUGGAAAAAUUAGGUGUAAAGAAAAUUUUCACACCAGGCGCCGCUCAAUUAACCAAUCUUUUGAAAGAAGAGGACAGUAAUAUAUACAUUAGUGAUGGUAUACAAAAAGCUUACAUAGAAGUUGAUGAGGAAGGAUCUGAAGCGGCCGCUGCAAAUGGUAAUGCAUUCAUCCAAAUAACUUUUUGA